AUCCGGUGCGGAAGUACCGCGUAGUUGGAGACAGAUUUAGAGAAAUGUGAAUCUUUAUUCCUGGCUGCCUACUCGCUUGAAUAUACAUUUUUUUCAAUUCUUCUUACUUUGUCACCGUAAGUGUCAUUUCACGAGGGAGCCGUAUUUAGGGGAAGACAUUUCAAAUCAUCACAGUUAAAACUCAAAUCUGCUUUGUUUUUCAACAUACGUUGUCUUAAGCGUAAUUUUAAAACCUGUGUGCCAUUAAUUUAAGAUAAACAAAAUAAAUCUGGCGAUGAAGAUACAAACUUUUUACGAUGACGUUUCAUCGCUUAAAAUGUAAAAUGGACGUCCUUCAUCUGACAGAAGAAACUAAAGACAUCUAUCAAUACUCCAAGAUGUGACUAUGGCUGCGUGACAACGCAGAAACAGAAACGAUCAUGUGAGAGCAUGCGCAGACAUCUAUUUGCCCGAAGUUUAAAUCGCUUAAACAUCUGCACAGGCACGCCUCCGUCGUAGGCUACUAGUCGGGAAACCAACCUGAAUAAGGUCAUGUGCUCUGAUAAAUGCAUAAAUAAAUAAAUAUAUACCUACGUAAAUACAUGCAUAUAAGCAGCCUUUCACAACAGUUUCAACACUUCCACUUAUUAUAUCUCUCUUUCCGGAUGCAAGAGUGAGUCAAAGACGCUGAGCCCGCGAGACGUCGCUAGAGUGGCGAGACACGGACUGAAAGAAACCGUGACACAGCGCGAGCAGGUUACAUGCUGAGAAGCUGCUCCAAGUUCAAGUUGCAUCACAUGAUACGCACAAUAAGCCCUCAUCACCCAGUAAGGUGAUGGCGUCACUGAGCGGAGGAAGUGACGCGGUUUGACGUCAUCAGUACUAUGACGCUUCACUGGGAUAAAUUGUCACCAGGAGAAUUUCAGCAGCUUCAAGACUUUGCGGCCUACUCAACCAAGAAGCUGAAAGAUGUGCUGGAAGAGUUCAGCGGGACAGGACCUCUGUCCAAGUACAGUCCUGACGGGGACAUCGAUUACGAGGGUUUUCACCAGUUCAUGGAUACUUUCUUGGAGGUCGAGACCCCCGAAGAACUAUGUCGUCAUAUGUUUCUUUCUUUCGUAAAGCGCCAUGAAACCAGGCCGCAAACAAUCGAUGGGAAGGCUAUGAAGGAGAUGGCAGUUCUCAGUUCGGCCACAGCGUGUGCCCCGAUUACGUCACACACGACUACACCGGGCUCAGUUCCCAACAUCGCCACCUGCGUCAUCGACCAGGCGACCGUCAACACUGGCUCUGCUACGGGUCAUCAAACACCGGCCCAUGACAAACCAUCUAACAAACUGGCCGAGAAGUUGCAUGGGCUCACAGAGAAACUGCAUUCUCUAGGACACCACCGUUCAGAUUCAGACACCUCCACCCGCGCUAGGACAGGCAGUUUAGGUGCAUCCGUUCACCCAAUGCUGACUGUGACACAGACGUCGUACUCAUGUCACGAGGUGUUAGAGAAGAAGAGCACAGAUUCCUCUCCGAGUCACAGCCAGGUGUCAAGGAACUCCUCACGAAAAUCAAACAACUCUCUUCUGGUCACCAAUGGCAAGCUCGAAGAUAUUCGGUAUCUAGUGAGGAAGUCGAGUAGUGUUGAUGUCCAUUCUGUAAGGGUGUCUCUAAAGGACAUUGUGUGCUACCUGUCUCUUAUUGAGGGUGGGCGACCAGAAGACAAACUGGAGUUCAUGUUUCGGCUGUAUGAUACAGAUGGAAAUGGAGUACUGGACACAAAUGAAAUGGACUGCAUUGUUAAUCAGAUGAUGAAUGUGGCUGAAUACCUUGGAUGGGACGUCACAGAACUUAAACCUAUCCUUCAAGACAUGAUGGUAGAAAUUGAUUAUGAUGCAGAUGGAACAGUGUCCCUGGAAGAAUGGAAGCGUGGUGGUAUGACAACUAUUCCGUUGUUAGUGCUCUUAGGUCUGGAUUCCAACGUUAAAGAAGACGGUAAUCACUUGUGGAGACUAAAGCACUUUAGUAAACCGGCUUACUGUAACCUCUGCCUCAAUAUGCUGGUUGGACUCGGCAAGAAGGGCCUCUGCUGUGUCUUUUGUAAAUACACUGUGCACGAGCGCUGUGUGCAGAGAGCCCCAGCCUCUUGCAUAGCAACGUACGUCAAGUCUAAGAAAACCUCUCAGCACAUGUCACACCACUGGGUAGAAGGAAACUGCCAUGGCAAAUGCUCCAAGUGCAAGAAGACGAUUAAGAGCUACAACGGCAUCACAGGGUUGCACUGUCGGUGGUGUCAGUUCACUCUGCACAACCGAUGUGCAUCUCAAGUGAAGCCAGAGUGUACACUCGGUGACCACAGAAUGCACAUCCUGCCACCUACCGCUAUCUGUCCCAUUGUUCUGGAUCGACAACGCUCCAUCACGAGAGAGAACAAACGCUGUGGUCUCCAGCGCUCAGAGAGUCAAACGCCCGCAGACUACAACAAUUCUGGCUCUCUUCAGUGUACACAGGAACAGCAGUGUCCAAUGUCAUUCCAGAUAGCACCCCCACCUGGAACCAAGCCUCUUGUCGUGUUCAUCAACCCAAAAUCAGGUGGACGACAGGGAGGAAGAAUGCUCCGCAAAUUCCAGUACCUCCUCAACCCUAGACAAGUCUAUAACUUGGCUAAGGGUGGACCAAUGACAGGACUUACAUUAUUCAAGGAUGUUCCAAACUUCAGGGUGAUCUGUUGUGGAGGGGACGGUACUGUCGGAUGGGUCUUAGAGACAAUGGAUCGGGUGCAGUUUGAAGAACAACCUGCAGUAGGCGUCAUCCCUCUGGGAACGGGCAAUGACCUAGCGAGAUGUCUGCGGUGGGGAGGAGGCUACGAAGGAGAGGCAUUACCAAAACUGCUCAAGAAAAUUGAGAGAGCCAGUACUGUACUGAUGGACCGGUGGCAGAUAGAUGUGUCAGACCAGCAGGAUGAUGGUGCACCCCCAGGUGACCCCAUCCCUUACAAUAUCAUCAACAAUUACUUCUCAGUAGGAGUGGACGCCGCGAUAUGUGUGAAGUUCCAUCUUGAACGAGAGAAGAACCCAGAGAAGUUCAACAGCCGAAUGAAGAACAAGCUCUGGUAUUUUGAAUUUGCAACUUCAGAACAGUUUGCAGCUUCCUGCAAAAACCUGCAUGAAGACCUCGAAAUACUGUGUGAUGGAGUAUCCUUAGAGCUAGCCAAUGGGCAGGCUCUGCAAGGCAUUGCACUUCUCAACAUCCCGUACACGCAUGGCGGAUCCAACCUGUGGGGAGAGAAUCACGGGAAGAAACGGUCUGCAAGUACCACUUCUCGGAUCCAAAUCCGAAAGAAGGACAAAGAAAAGGAGUUGUCUACCAGCAGUUUCAACUCUGUGGACCUCAGUGGUGCUAUCCAGGACAUUGGAGAUCGUCUCAUAGAGGUCAUUGGGCUGGAGAACUGCCUGCACAUGGGACAAGUAAGGACAGGCCUGAGAGCUUCGGGUCGUCGCCUGGCACAGUGCUCAUCUAUUGUAAUAAAGACCAAGAAGAGAUUCCCCAUGCAAAUUGAUGGAGAACCGUGGAUGCAGCCACCAUGCACGAUUCAUAUUACCCACAAGAACCAAGUUCCAAUGCUGAUGUCACCACCACCAGAAAAAGGAAGAGGAUUCUUUAGUUUCUUCAAAAAAUGAACCAACGGCUGAGGCUUAUGCAGCAAUGUUCCCAUAGUGCAUAAACAGACGAAUGAAAGGCAUUACAGAACACAGCCAUGAUCAUCACCACUUCAAAUAUUACGCUUCCAGUAUCUAGAAAUAUAUCAUCUGUAUGAAUGAAAGUUACAUAAGUCCACAGUAGGUUUUUAUACAAUAAAUAAAUGAUAUUAGAGGAGAGAUAGACACUUCAAAACCAAAUAAGCACUGAAGAGAUUUAAAAUAAUUACAUUUGUAUAAACAAAACUGAAAACCACAAAUCAGACACCAAAUGUUAAAUUAGUUAUAUAUAAA